AUGGAGGAAUGUGCCAAACUACCAACAACAGCAGCAGGAGCUAUCCGACCUCUCGUUUCCACGGUGAUAGCCACCACAUCAGAGGGCUACCUGGACCAUUCUCUCGAGCGAGGAAAGUACAGAGCCAGUGAGAUGCCUCAGGGAUUCACAUAUGAUGUCAUCUAUCAAGCCUAUCAGAAGUGCAGUGAGUCAGACUUUGAGUUCGGCACCGAGUGUCUCCAUCUGGCUCUGCAGUACUGUGGCACCAAGGCAAAGCUCAUCCAGGGCCCGCCAACACUGUGGAAGGUAACCUACAAACGAGAUUUGGCUGCUGCAGAGUCCAUUAUCAAAGAUACUCUAUCGCGGUCGGCGUGUGUUAUCACAGGUGGUUCUGCACAAGCCGUCACACUGGCUGGUGCCCUCCAGAAAGCCGUUGGAGCUCUCAACAUGGAGCUGGCUGUCAUCCCAGAUCUGACGGGAGAAAAUGGCGGGUAUCUGUUAAAGGACUGGAACUUCAUCCAGGUUUCUGUCAAUCGUUCUUGCCUGUCUGAGGUGGAGGCUUUACUGACAGCUCUGGAGGCAGCGAAACAGGCUCUCCUCCACCCGCUAGUCGUUAUUUUGGUGCUAUUGAGUGGUUCAGAUGAGCUGUCCGUCAGUGGGAGAGCGGUGGAGCCAGAAGCUAUCAUGGACCUGGCCUCAGCAGCAAAGCUCCGAAAUAUUCUUCUCUAUGGCAUCCAGCUUCAUCAGUCAACGGACACCCAGCGUUGGGAGAGGUCCGUGUCGAGGGUCGCUGAGAUCACGUCAGCCCUGAUCCGGGACAGGAGCCCCGCCCUGGUGGGACAGCUUCUGCAGGCAUGAAGGGAAGCAGCAUGGACAGAAAACCCCCUCACCAUGACUCAUGAACACAGCAGGGAUAAGACAGUUGGCUUUAUUUUAGCCUUCUUUACCAAUUACAGAGAGUUUAAAGGGAUACUCCCACCAUUAAGUACAGCUGUUUCACAAAGCAUGGGGACUUUCAGGACCACCUUAAAAGAGAAAUGACAAAAUUGAAGCAGAACAGUCCUAAGUGUGGGUCCCUUGGCUCGAGGGUCUAGAGACCAUGUUUUUAUAAUCACCAGAAAGUGGAAAAAUGAUGUUUGUAUGCAGUGUUCACAGAAGGCUUUAAUGCAACCUGUGCCUCUUCAAGUUAAGAGAAUGUGAAGUGUUUGGAGUUAAUCUACUGUAUUGUGACAUAACUACUGCUUGUACCACUGGAUAAAGUUGCUCAUGACUGACACUAAUAUGUUAUAAAAUGGUUUGUAUAUAUUUUUACUCCAUAAAAUCUGCUUAUUUAAAACAAUAAACAGUUGUUAUUAAUUA